AUGGUGACUGAAGAACAUAAAAAAUCUUUCCACGCAGGACUGUCUACUUUAUUAGUGAGAUUAAGAGAAAAAUAUUGGAUAUUAGGCGUCAGGAAGUUAGCUACGCAAGUGAUUUCUAACUGUGUUAUAUGUAAACGUCAUACAGUUAAACCUCUGGAAGUGCCAUUCGCCCCAUUAUCAAGAGACAGAGUCACCCAUGCAGGUGUUUUUGAAGUUUCCGGGACUGAUUAUGCCGGGCCUUUGUAUUUGCGAUCAGGAGAAAAGGCCUGGGUCAUUUUAUUUACAUGUGCGGUCUACCGAGCUGUACAUUUUGAGCUAGUUAAGUCAAUGUCAACAGAGUCAUUCAUCUUAGCAUUAAGACGAUUCGUAGCUCGAAGAGGAAGAAUUGUUGUUCUCUACACCGACAACGGCCUGAGUUUUGUUGGAACGAACAAUGUGCUAUGGACGCUCGACUGGAAUAAAAUAAGCUCUUAUUCCACCACAAGACAGAUUUCUUGGAAGUUCGUUCCACCAACCGCUGCCUGGUGGGGUGGUUGGUGGGAGCGCAUGGUUGGGAUGCUGAAAGACCUUUUAAGAAGAAUGCUAGGUAAAUCUUCUGUUAACUACGAGGAGCUUUCAACAAUAUUAUGCGAUUGUGAAGCAGUCAUCAACUCGAGACCGUUGACAUACAUAUUAAGUUCACCAGAUCAACUGAUGCCAUUACCUCCGGCUAUGUUUCUGGUAAGUGACAAAGUGAGUUAUUGA